CCCCUGUCUCAUUUUUCUUGAACCGUCCAAACUAUGCAAAUGACACCGAAAGUGCAGACAGAUGAGGACAGACCAGUGCACUCCAAAAUGGCGAACCGCGACAAGGAGCUAGAAGAGGAGAUCUACGACAAAGUCGUGGACUUGACAGAAUAUGCCAAACGUCAGCGAUGGUGGAAUCGCCUUUUCGGGAAAAACUCUGGUCCCGUAGCAGAGAAAUACUCCGUGGCCACACAGAUUGCCAUAGGGGGAAUAAGUGGAUGGUGUGUAGGAUAUCUCUUCCAGAAGGUUGGCAAAGUUGCUGCUACAUCUGUAGGGGGAGGUCUUCUGCUAUUGCAGAUAGCUAACAAUAGUGGCUACAUCCAAGUGGACUGGAAAAGAGUAGAGAAGGAUGUCAACAAAGCCAAGAAGCAAUUAAAGAAGGGUACCAAUCAAGCAGGCCCAGAGCUUAACACAUUUGUUGAAAAGUCCACGGAGUUUGUGAAGAAAAACAUUGUUGUAACAAGUGGUUUCAUUGGAGGAUUCCUGCUCGGCCUGGCAUCUUAGGUUCUGCAAAAUGGGAAGAGUUAGUGUUUCUUUGAUGCCAUGAAAAACUUUAUGGGGAAAUUAUAUAUCAUUGCUGGAUGGUUUUUAAGUUUUUAAUGACGGCAAGCAACCAAUUUCAUAUUAGUUUGUAGCUUUAUGUUUCUACAUGAGCUGCACAUCCUCUUGUCUACUUAAAACUGUACCUCUAUGUGACAAGCACUGUCAGUAUGAUGUGGGGCCUGCUUAAAACGCUCCUCUUUCCAAGCCAAAUAAUGUUACAUAUCAUUCAAAAUUAAUUGGGGGAAAAAAAAGAAACGUCCAUCAGAAUGUUGCCGUUUUUUUUAUUUAUUUAUUUUUACCAGAUGGACAUUGUAAGACUAUGAAAGCACUGUUGCACUGCGCUGUUAUUGCUGUCCUGUUGAGCACUAUUAAGUCAAGUGCAGGUAUAUAGAUUAAGCUUCACAUGGCAGGCGGUGCCUAUAAGACUCGAUCCAUGUGAGUUUUGUAUUUCUCAGUUCCAGAUAUGGUAACCAUUCAUCUUCAGGGUGAGAAUGCUGACGGACAUGGUGUUGUUCUGCUUUGUUUUUGUGGUGAUCAUGCUUGUUUGGUGGGUCAUGUCGGCCUCCCCUGCAUCUCUCUUUUAUGUGUUUUAUUUGGCAGUAAAUUAAUGCUUUUAGUACUGGAAGUAUCUACCAUGUUAGAUUGAAGAACAAAUAAAAAUAACAAAAUCA